GAACGGCCCCAUAAAAUGAGGGAACCGGAAGUGUGCUGAUAUUUGCCUGCCCGCCCCUUUUAUAGCAUGUAAGCUAUGGUUGUUUGUUGUUGCUUUGUCAUUUCUUCUUUAAAAACAUCGAAACAAAAUGGACUCAAAGGGACCCUCACUUUAUGCACCGGCAGGCACCUCAGUAGAUAUGUCACGAAGCCUCGAUGAAGACUCUUUGGUGGACGGACCUCUGAUCUCUGCUGACGCCCUCCACUCUGCCAUCAGGAGAGAGUUUCAGACCUUGCCAACACCCUGCUAUGCCAGCCUGCUCUCUGUUCUGCAUGCUGUGUACGUGGUGUUGUCAGUGUGUGUGGCAGUGCUGUGUGUGUUGAAGUUAGGCCAAGAGGAGGUGUGUGUGAGUAUUUUGGGUAAUGUGCGAAACGACAGUGUCAUUGUGUUUGGGAAGGUGUGUUUGUGGGUGCUGGUGCUGCUGUUCACUAGGUGUGUGCAGCACCACCACAGCCAGGCCAGGAGCAGAGGAUACCUGCGAUUCUACAGACAGAUGCAGGGACUGAAGUACCUGCCGCUCACCGUACACUCUGCAGGAAAUGUUCUGCUGCUGGUUGUUCUGGCUGCACAAUUAUCACAGACUGUGCACAUCUACAUGCUGCUCAUCAUCCUGGGGUUGGAGCUCUUGGUGUCAGUGCCAUGUCUGCUCCAUUACACAGUCAAGGUGAUGCAGUUCAACAGGGAGCGAGCUGCACCAGACGUGAGCCAAGAAGAGUAUUCACACAACUUCAGUAUCACGAGCGUGCCGACGGAGACCGGCUUCAGAGAGGGCUCCAGUCUGGAGGAGGUGGUGGACAAGCAGGCCGACCUGAUAGAGUACCUGAAACAGCACAACACCUUACUGAGCAAGAGGCUGCUCAACCUCACCGCUCAGCACUGACCGCAGCCCGGCCUCCUCCUCCUCGUCCUCCUUCCUGUGAACCAGCCACCACACUCAUCAUGAUUUUAACACUCGGCUCUCUUAACAGAAGACUGAAGCUAGAAGAAACACUGGAUAAAAGACUAAAAAGUAAGGAAAUCCCUGUGCGCACAAACUUAAGACGGGAGGGCUUCUCUGCGAGGCAUCCUCACCUGAGAUGGACAGAUAACGCAGAAGGAGGUGAGCUGUAAGUUAAGGGCAGUUAAAGAGGCAAAGUGGGAGGAGGAGGAGAGGAGUCAUGGGUCACAGAUCAGAGGUGAGGGGUUUUUAUCACUGUGUUACGACCCCCGGUGACCCGUGUAUGCUGCCGCUUGUGUUACCGUGAGAGGAACAGAAGAGGCAAAAUUAUUUGGGAUAUCCUCUGCACUAAGGAGGAACUGAAGAUAGGAGACACAGGUGGGAGAGGUUACCACUGAUCAGGGUCAAACAGAAAGAGAUCGAGUAACGUUGUAAAAUGUCUGAAAGUGCUAUUUUAUCUGAAUGUGUGUGUGUGUGUGUAAGUGUUUUUAUUUUUCUGUUUAAUCAUUGAGUUUGUGUAUUUGUGAUCAGAUUCCAAUAAAUCUUUAAUAUUCUCA